AUGACCGUUGGUAUUGUGCUGGAGGGACCUCUAAGGGUGACAGGAGCACUGUUGAUACGGCGGAGGACGCUGAGAAAGGGUACUCAAGCUCAUAACCUACCAAAUGUAGAAGAUAUGCGGAAAUGGCAACAGGGCACCAAUGUGAGAGUUACCAGUUCUACCAUUGCUGACAGUAGCAACCUUACUAUUGAUCAUAAAUUGCUAUUGUCUUUCGUUCUGAGUUCCGCAAUGUGGGCGCUAAUAGCAGCAGAAUGCAGAGCAUGGUAUGUGGUUUUGCGAAAUAGGCGGUGGGAUACUUUCAACUUGAUUCAGAGUAAAUACACCCUUUGUGAACGGUUUUGCGCAAAAUUACUAUUACUGCCGAUUGGAAGGAUUUUUUGCUUGUUUCAACCCUUGUCGCUCAAUUUUGCUCCAGGUAAUUACAUUUUGGUGUUUUCGAGCUCGCCCCCAUGCGCUCCAGCUACCGGAAAAAUCAGAUUGGAGAUUGCUUCAAUAGUAGCAGAGUAA